AAAAACUAAAGCUUCUGAAAACAUUGUGAAGGGGUUGACUUGAGAAAACGAUUUGUGGAACACAUUUGAAAUGCAGAUCAUCUCAUGCUGUACCAUCCUUUUUAUUUUAUUAUUAAAUAUGUUGUGUACAGGUAAAGAAAACAAAGAUGGGAACAUCAUCUUCGAUCCACCAGAAGUUACUGCAGUUUCAGGAUUAUGUGCUCUCAUUUCAUGUACCUUCACUCAAGGUAAAACUCAACUUCAAACUGUUCAGUGGAAAGUGUGUAAUAAACCAAGUGAAUGUAAGACAAUAUUUGAGAUGCCAAACCGUAGAAGAAAGCAAAGUGAAACGGAACAGAUUAAGUGGCUUGAACCUGACCUGAGCAAAAACAACUGCAGCAGCAUCAUCAAAGAAAUAAAGGAAGAUGAAAGAGAAUAUGCUUUCACAAUUGUGGGGCAUGGCCAAAAUUCACAUAACUCCAAUGUCAAAAUCAUCAUCCAAGAUGAGCCUAUAAUGUACGUUCCUCUUCUCAGUGAAGGAGAGGAGGCCAAUCUGACAUGUCCAGCUCCUUUUCCUUGUCCUGAAACUCCUCCUGAAAUAACAUGGUGGAUCAAGACAAGAGAGGGAAACAUCAUUGAUCUAAAGGACAACAUCAUCACACUGAUCACCUCCAAAAUCCUUUACCUCUCAACUUUGACAUUAACUCCAACCUCUGACCUGCACAAUGCCACUGUAGGAUGUGACGUCAGCUACGGAAGCAAAAACAUCAGUACGAGUGGGACCCUCGAAGUCAUGUAUGUGAAGACUCUUCGAAUUCUGGGUAAUGGCAAAGUGAUGGAAGGUGACACUGUCAGCCUGAACUGCUCUGUUGAGAGUCACCCACCAUCAUCUGAUCCUGUAUGGAGUUUCAAUGGAACCACAGAUAUAGUCAUGAACCAAACAUCUGCUGAAUCUUUCACGAUAACCAAUGUGAGAAAGGAGCAUGCUGGGGUUUACGGCUGUAUGAGGACAUAUAGAAACAAGAUACUGAAUGCAUCCAUCACUGUCGUUGUCAUUCGUGAUACAAAUGAAUCGAAAGUGAACGAGUCCUUCAGUCCUGGAAGUGAAAACAUGCCACUGAAUGACACCAGAAAUACUACAGGUAUAGAAGAUUUCUUGAAUAAUUUGGACAUGUCAAAGAUACUCACAUUCGUGGCGGGAAUGGUGUGUUCGGCGCUCAUCUUCUCAGUUGUUUUAUGUUGUUACGUGUUUUGCCACAGGUAGGCA